AAAUUUUAAAUAAAUAAUAAUUCUCCGUCGGGCAAGAGGAACCUCUUGAAUUGUUGUCUCCUACCUUUGGAAUUCAUUCCUUCUCCUUCCUUUGCUAAAAGAUAUGUAUCAUCCAACCAGAGGCGGAGUUCGCGGUGGCCGGGAUCAAUUUAGUUGGGAUGAUGUGAAGGUCGAUAAGCAUCGAGAGAACUAUCUUGGUCACAGUAUUAAGGCACCUGUUGGGAGAUGGCAGAAAGGGAAGGAUCUACACUGGUACACAAGAGAUAAAAAGGGUGAGGGUUCUGCUGCCGAGGCUCUUAAAGAAGAAAUUAGAAGAAUUAAGGAAGAGGAGGAGCAGGCCAUGAGGGAGGCUCUGGGCUUGGCUCCUAAGCGUGCUAGCCGACCUCAAGGCAGUCGCCUUGAUAAGCAUGAGCUUUCAGAACUAGUGAAGAGGGGGUCUACUGCAGAGGACUUGGGUGGAGGUCAUGCUGAAGCGGCAAGGGUUGAUGGUCUUGGCUUCUCAAGAGCACCACGGCCUUGGGAAGAUCCAAAUACACUUCCUUCUAGUGAGAGGGAUGUCUCACCUGAGAUGGUGAAGGUGGAUGCAGCUGCACCACCACCUUUAACCAGUGAUAGGGUAGAAGAUGGUUCUGAGGAUGAAAGUAGUAGGAAGAAAAGGAGGCGUGAGGAAAAAAGGCAGGACAAACAUGAUGGAAAGAGACAGGAGAAGCGUGAGAGACGUGAGAAGCGACACUCCCGUGAUUCAGAUGACAAGAGAAAGCGGAGAAAAGACAAGGAGAGGAGGAGACAUGAUUCCGACUCUGACUGAACACCUUUCUAAUAUGAAGCUCUAGUCUGUACCAUUUUCUGUAUGUUUCAAAGUAUUGAACUUUCAUUUUGAUUCUACCCAAAUUGAAACUUGAAAUUCAGUCUUAUUUCAUCUGAGACUACCAGAUAUCGUUGCUGUUUGAGAAUUGAGUUAGGCCACAGGAUAACGAUAUUGUGCAAAUUGUCCGCGUUGGCGCCAUCUUGGAAUUGCCAUACAUAAAUUCUGAGAUGCUUGUCAUUUUUGCAGGGUA